CUCGGUCCGGCGGGGGUCACUGAGGAGCGGGGGCCCGGCCGCCAGCCUGCCUGGCAGCGGGCACCAGUGAGAUCUCACUCUCUGGCUGGAGAGACAGAUGGCCUCAAAUGAGAGAGAUGCUAUAUCAUGGUAUCAGAAGAAGAUUGGAGCAUAUGAUCAGCAGAUAUGGGAAAAGUCAAUCGAACAGACUCAGAUUAAGGGUUUCAAAAACAAACCAAAAAAAAUGGGCCAUAUAAAACCAGACUUGAUUGAUGUUGACUUAAUCAGAGGCUCAACAUUUGCCAAAGCCAAGCCUGAGAUUCCAUGGACGUCGCUCACUCGGAAGGGCCUUGUUCGAGUGGUGUUUUUCCCAUUAUUCAGCAGUUGGUGGAUUCAGGUUACCUCUCUCAGAAUCUUUGUUUGGUUGCUGCUACUGUACCUCAUGCAAGUUACAGCGAUCGUUUUAUAUCUCAUGAUGCCUAUUGUGAGCGUGAGUGAAGUGCUUGGACCAUUGUGCCUUAUGCUACUCAUGGGAACUGUCCACUGUCAGAUCGUGUCAACUCAGAUAACAAGGCCCUCAGGAAACAAUGGAAAUCGGAGAAGAAGAAAAUUACGAAAAACUGUAAAUGGUGAUGGGACCCGAGAUAAUGGAAAUAACUCCCCUGAUAAAAUCAGAGCAGUAGAAACUCUGGACUCUGCACCCAGUGUUGGUGGUUUUUGGGGGACUCUCUUUGGCAACAGGAUUAAAAGGGUGAAAUUAGUAUCUAACAAAGGGACUGAAACUGACAAUGACUCAGGCUGUUUCCAUCCUAUCAUUAAGAAGAGACAGGGUCGACCAGAGAUCAGAAUGUGGCAAGCAAGAGAGAAAGCGAAGGUUUCGGAUGGAGAAAAGUGCCGUAGGGAGGCUUAUAGGCGUUUGGGUAAUGGCGUUUCAGACGAUCUGUCAAGUGAGGAGGAUGGUGAAGCACGGACCCAGAUGAUAUUACUGCGUAGGAGUGUGGAAGGGGCCUCAAGUGACAAUGGCUGUGAAGUUAAGAACAGAAAAUCAAUACUUUCAAGGCACCUAAAUUCUCAGGUAAAGAAAACCGCGACAAGGUGGUGUCAUAUAGUUCGGGAUUCAGAUAGUCUGGCUGAAUCAGAAUUUGAAUCAGCAGCCUUCAGCCAGGGUUCUAGGUCUGGUAUGAGCGGUGGCUCUCGGAGCCUUAACUUGUCAAGAAGAGACUCAGAAAGCACCCGACAUGACUCAGAGACGGAGGAUAUGUUAUGGGAUGACCUUCUCCAUGGCCCAGAGUGCCGGUCAUCUGUCACCAGUGACAGUGAGGGGGCUCAUGUAAAUACCCUUCAUUCAGGGACCAAACGUGACCCCAAAGAAGACGUUUUUCAGCAGAACCAUUUAUUCUGGCUUCAGAAUUCAAGUCCUGCCUCUGAGCGAGUUAGUGCGAUAAUCUGGGAAGGAAACGAGUGCAAAAAGAUGGAUAUGUCUGUGUUAGAGAUAAGCGGCAUCAUCAUGAGCAGGGUGAAUGCAUAUGAGCAAGGUGUUGGCUAUCAGAUGCUGGGGAAUGCAGUCACCAUUGGCUUAGCGCUUUUCCCGUUUUUAUAUCGACUCUUCCGAGAGAAGAGCUUUGACCAACUAAAGUCCAUUUCAGCAGAGGAGGUCCUGACCCUUUUCUGUGGUGCGCCUCCCGUCACACCUGUUGUUAUUUUGUCUAUAAUUAAUUUUUUUGAAAGAUUGUGUCUUACGUGGAUAUUUUUUUUCAUGAUGUGUGUGGCAGAGAGAACAUAUAAGCAGAGAUUUUUAUUUGCAAAACUCUUCAGCCAUAUUACUUCUGCCAGGAAAGCCAGGAAAUAUGAAAUACCUCAUUUCAGACUUAAAAAGGUGGAGAACAUUAAAAUAUGGUUAUCACUGCGCUCCUAUCUAAAGAGACGGGGUCCACAGCGCUCAGUGGAUGUGGUCGUGUCCUCCGUCUUCUUGCUGACACUUUCAAUAGCUUUCAUUUGUUGUGCACAGGUUCUUCAGGGUCACAAGACAUUCCUGAAUGAUGCUUACAACUGGGAGUUCUUGAUCUGGGAAACAGCACUGCUGCUUUUCUUGCUUCGCCUGGCCUCACUGGGCUCAGAAACCAACAAGAAAUAUAGCAAUGUUUCCAUCCUGCUUACUGAACAGAUUAAUUUAUAUCUUAAAAUGGAAAAAAAGCCAAAUAAGAAAGAACAGCUCACCCUGGUAAACAAUGUACUGAAGUUGUCCACCAAGUUGUUAAAGGAGCUGGACACACCAUUUAGACUCUACGGACUGACCAUGAACCCCUUAAUCUACAACAUCACAAGAGUAGUCAUCCUUUCUGCUGUCUCUGGGGUUAUAAGCGAUCUUCUAGGAUUCAACAUCAGAACGUGAGCGCUCGGCUUGCUGCCGCUACCACCCCGCACCAUCGUGCACUGCACCCCAGCAACUGUAAGCCCAGUCGCCCUGGUCAGGACGCUCUGUCACAGUGAGCAGUGAGCCCCAUGUGGAAUUUCUCUCUUCAAGUGUAUAAACAUCGCCUUGUACGCAUGAUGGAGCCACCACAGAAAACCACAGCCAAUCAAAAUGCAGAGCUGAGCAGCCCAGUACCAGUGAAUGCAUCUACAACACACACCCGUACCCAAGGCUCAGGGACCAUGGUGGAUGAGGGGUGGGAAGAUUGUAAGAGUCAGGGAUUGGUUUGCUGUGAGACUGUCCUAGCAAUGUCAGAAGUUACAUAAAGUAUCAACACGCCUGCCCAAACGUGGGCUGAGAAAGGAUGGCGCCAACUGACUGGAGCUCAUGAGGCUUAACCCACAUAACUAACUACAGCAACUGAAGGUCUCUGGGAGUGGGAGGAAUAGUCUUCCCCAGGGAAGAGCAUACCCAAUUAGUUAUCCAAUACCAGACGGUCAUCCUGGAAACAUACAUACAAGUGACAUUAUACAGACUGAGCAGGUUGUAUCUCGUGGUUUUCUUGUCACCAAUUUUGAACCAAUUCUCUCAGCUCCUGGGCCUUUAGUUUUAACACAACCCAUGAAACAGGCCAGUUGUUCUGCUUUAAAUCUUAAGGUAAACUUUCUGUCACAUAUAAGAUUCUAACCAAAUUUACCACCUGGAAUGAGCCUCCGACUUCACCUCCUAUUCAAUGUGUCAGGUUCUAUGUGGGAUCCUUCCGGCUGCUUACGCAUACUGCGAUCACAGUGUUUUCAGUGUUGGCCACACUGCAUACAAACAAGCUGAUAAUGCCAAGUGAAGACCAUGAAAUAAGGGCUCAGGAAGGUGUUUCAGUGGAGGUAAAGAUGGCCACUGUGGUUACAGAAACACUUUUACAACACUGAGCCAAAUGCUAUGUUGAUAUUCAUUGAUUGAGUAAGUAAUUCUGUUCCCAGAAAUUAUCACACUCUUUUAUAGGAUACACAGAGAAAUGUGUGAAGCAGACAGGUAAGAUGAGGUUAAAUACCCAUGGGAAACUAGCAAGCUACAAUGUGGAUAUACUGUAAAUGUAUAGAAAGAAUGCUUUAAGAACAAAGCACAAAACAGCAAAGAGAAUAUAAAUGAGUCAGUCUUCGUCAGCAUUCCAUGGUUUGUGCAUCAAAGGUAAGGAAUAGGAACGUGCAAAGACAAAUGUCGCCUGGGAGACAAACACGUGAAAGCUGCAUACCUAAGGAAGAUCUAGCAUUCAGAAUAUGUACACACACACGUGCACACACACGCACACACGCGCGCGCACACACACGCACGCGCACACACACACACACAGGAUUUGAACAGCCAUUUCUCCAAAGCACAGGAAAAGAUGCUAAAUUUAACAUUACUCAUUGUAGGGACAUGUGAGGCCAAGUACAGUGGACUAUCACUUCACAUCCCUUAGAAUGGCUAAUAUGAGAAAACAACCUGAACCAGAAAAUAAGCGCUGUGGAGGAUCCGACACAUCUGGAAACCUCCCUCGUACAUGGCUGAUGAGAGUAGAAGAUCAGGUAGCUGGCUAAAGGAAUCAUCUGGCAACUCCGCAAAAAGCCACACAAUAUUACCUGACAAUUUUAACUUUAGGAAAAGUUCAAGAACAAUGAAAUCAUUCAUUGUAAGAAAAACAUGUACAGUAAUUGACAUAAUUCACAAUAAAAGGAGAAACAAAUGUCUACCAAAUGACUAAUUGAAAAGUAAAAGGAUGUAUAUGUAAUAUGGACUUUGCAUUAUUACAUAUAAAAGGAAUGAAAAAGACUACAGUGAAGUUAAACCUUAAAUGUUUGCUAGAGAAAGAAACCAGAUAGACAAGGUCACAUACUAUAUGAUUCCACUUAAGAAAAACGUCUAACAAAUGCACAGAGGCAAACAGCAGAUGUAUGGUUGCUGAGGGAUGGUGUAAAAAGAAAAUAAGUAACUUAUAAUGAUUAUGGGGUUUCUUUUAGGAGCUAAUAAAAUGUGACAUUAGUGGUGAUAGUUAGAAAACCUUUUGAAUAAACUUAAAAAAAAUGACCCCCCUCCCCCAAAUAGUCCUCCAGAAUAGUACCGGAUGGCAUGUUGUGAUGAGUUUUAUAACAUGUGAGUUUAUUUCAGUUAAAAGAAAAAAAGAGAUGGCAUGAGGAAUUGUAGAAUCUUUGAAUUCUGGGAAACAACACGAAUCCCAUAGUUGUGAGAAUAGGCCCAGAAUAGCGCUCUAUAACAGAAUCAUCUACCUAUACAACCCAAAGAGCACAACGCACACAUCAGACAGUGCACUUUAAAGGCGCACAUGAGAACAAACACACGAAGUACAUUAGAAGGGAAACCAGAGUGCAGUGUGUGGGCAAGUGGGAAUAAACGGAGACCUAAUGGGGAGAGGGCACAGACGAUGUCUGGUUCGCCCCAGUGUAUGUUCUUGGUGGCUAUGGUAACUUCAUGGUAACUUAUGUCCAUAUAAAAACAAAAAGGACUUGACAGACCAUUAGGAGCGAUGGAAAAGCUAUAAAGUGAGCACAGUACUUAGUGCAGCCAACUCCCGCUCCAGCCUUGGGACCAAAUUACUGUGGCAGAGGCACAGGGUGGACACAGGUCCAAGUAUAUGACACAUGGCACUUGCCUUAUCCUGUCUGUGGCAAAGUAGUCCCUGAUAUAAAACAACACCGAGCAAAGGGAAGAUGAAGGGAUGGAGGAGACACACUGUUCUCCAGGUAACAAACCCUUUCCUUCUCACGGUGAAGGCUGGGGUGGGCAGGAGACAAGUAUCGGUAAGGGGCCAUGUAACUUGGAGGAAUGGUGCGGAUAUAAUUUCUGAACACAGCUCAAGAUUCAUUUAACUGUAAGGCAGCUGGUAAGUUUUACACCGAAUUCAAUGAGAAGCUUAGAAAACAAAUUCUAUGAAGGAAAAUUUUAAGACAAAAGGGAGACUUUAUAUUAUUUCUUGAAUAAAAUAGAGCAUUCUCAAGGUUUUCAUAGUUUAAAAAAAUCCAGAGUACAAUAAAAUGACAGAUAAUCAGUGACUAAGAUUUCUGUUUCAUUUCUUCCUAGUGGUGACUGACACGAUCCUGUCCCUUCAUUAACAUCUGUCCAAAACAUUUGGCUGAAAUGUCAAAGGUAGUUUUUACUCUAAGAAAAAUGAGCCAUUUUGGACAACCUUUUAGAAAAAUUGACCGUCAGUAAUAAGUGAUAGUCUUUGAAAACACCUUGUUCUCCCGCCACAGUACGCAGGUUACUCAGGUAUGUGCAGUGCUUGUCAGCAGCAGCUGCACUUUAAGGACGGUGAGAAUAAGCAGUCAGGAAAAGCUUACCGUUUCAUAGAAAAGGCUUGUCUAGACUUGUUCUGUAUGAUACUGCAUUACCAGCCUUAGGGGGCCUGCAGUCUGCUGCUCCUGAACUGAGCAUCCCUUCUCCCCUCAGGACCCCUGCGCGCCUGCGCGAAGACAGGCAGGAGGACACACCUGCACACCAAGGCCAUGCCAGCACUGGCUUUUGUGACAUUUGAGUCACAAGGAGGGAAUGCUCAUGAAUAAGUACGUACCACAGUGCCUUGGACAAAAAGAAGACUUACACAAUACCGUAAAGGUAGAAACAUGUGACCAAUCCAAUAGGAACAAAAGAGGAAAUAUGUGGAGAAAUGCACCUGGGCAUAGUUCUAGUUCUGGGAGGCUGGCGGGAGAUCACUUGAGCUCAGAAGACCAAGUGAGACCAGACUUGACAACACAGCACCAUGCUGUGGGGCUGGGGUUACAAAGCACCUGGAAAGUGACCUUAGGACCAUAGAGGAAAACUGUAAUGUGAAUAAACAAAGUAUGAGGAACUUUAACUGCUAUCUCUCCUUUCAGCAGUGCUGGCGAUCCAACCCAGGGUCUAUGCAUAUCAGGCAAGCAUUCUAUUCUAUUCCUGAGGGAAUUUUAUGAGAGGAGAUGAGCCUUCCUAACUCUGCCUUGUCUUCUCAUUAUCACUACAAAGUCAGGAUGGAUGAGAUGAGCGUUAAAUAGUGGCCGCUCAGUAGUAAUGAAAGAAGAGCAGGCAGUUCAGAGAGUUCCUCCUUAGAAAUCCUCAGUGACUGACAGGCGUGUUCCAGGGCGGCCAGAAGUGCUCUACACCUUACUUAGGAGUGAUUCCUACGCGCUCCAUUCCUGUUCAUACAGCAUCUGCCCAGAACAAACCUCCACUCCCAGAGAAAGUCACACAUGGCAUGGAUCUGGCACACCAGCUGUGCUGUCAACAGAAGCUCCCUCUGAAGUCUCUGGAGGAUCUCCUUGCACUCAAGCUGAGACAUAAGACAUCGAUAAGAUCUGGAAGUGUCAGUUCUGGACACCUGCUUCUUGACACAUAAACGACCACCAUUCACCAGCUAAUUUUUUGAGCAGCUGACAACUUUAUAGUAAAUUGUCUCAGGAAAUGAAGUAGAAAGCUACAGAAUAAGACCACAAGCACAUUAACAGCUCUCAUACACCCUGGGCUUGGGCUGUGUGCUGGGUGAGUUUGUGAACAGCCCCAUAGAUCCAUGCGUUUGAAUGACUGGCUCCUAGUUAGUGGAACUGUUUGUGAAGAAUUAGGUGAAUUCUUGCUGGAGUAGGUGUGGCCUUGUUUGAAGUUUUAAAAGCCCAAACUAAGGCCUGCUCUCACUGUCUUAUACAUGAAGUGUAAGCCCUCAGCUACUGCUCCAGGACCUGCCUGCCUGCCUGCCUGCCUGCCUGCCUGCCUGCCUGCCUGCCUGCCGCAUUCCCCUCCAUUACAAUGGACCAGUUCUUGGAAACCACAAACAAGCCUCCUGUUAAGUGAGUCCUUUUAUACACUGCCCUGGUCAUGCAGUAGAACAGGGACAACAGAACAGUAACUGACACAGUAAAACACGAUCUUGGGGAGGGUGGCCUUGUUCUCACCUUCUUCAGCAACCACUGUCAGCGUGACGGUGACCCCAGCAUCUUUGAUGAGCUGAACAAUAUUAUCAUGGGACAGGUCAACAAUGGACUGCCCAUUCACCGCAGAGAUGUGGUCUCCAACUUUCAGUCUUCCACAACGAUCAGCUGGACUUCCAUCUAUGACCCGGCCAAUUUUAUGAGGAAUAACUGUGGCAAGAACCCCAAGUUUUCCAGUUUAGAUACCUGCUAGUAAUGGAUUUGUUCUCAUCAUUAUUUAAAAGUUUACAUACUAACAUCAAAGAAAAGGCUCGGAAAACAAAGAGAAACAAGUACAAUUAUCCUGUCCACCCCUCCCUGUCCACACAGAGACUUUUUAAUGUGGUUGUAACCACAGAUAUAAGCUUGUUGCUGUUUUCUACUUACUAGAAACCUUGUUCCAGUUUAUUUAGUUUUUAAAGCCACUAAUCUUUUUAACCUUAUUGACCUAAACAGCUUCACUAGGACAGUGGAGAGAGAGAGAGGAGAUAUGGAUGGAUGGAUGGAUGGAUGGAUGGAUGGAUGGAUGGAGAGAUAGAUGGAUAAAUGGAUAGAGAUGGAUGGAUGGAGAGAGAUGGAUAGAUGGAUAGAGAUGGAUGGAUGGAUGGAUGGAUGGAUGGAUGGAUGGAGAGAGAUGGAUAGAUGGAUAGAGAUGGAUGGAUGGAUAGAGAUGGAUGGAUGGGUGGAUGGAUAGAUGGAGAGAUAGAGAGAUAGAGAGAUGGAGAGAGAAACUAAAUGGCAUCAGCCACACCAGAGGUGAAGGUGUGAUGAAGGAAGAAAAGAGCCAGAAUGAGUAGGGAAGAGGGAGACACAGGAGCAUAUGAUGACAGUCCCAGAAGCUGAGCUGGGUCUGACAGGUCCUUUCUCGGCAGACGGCAGGGAGGGGAGUGCUCCUGGGUUUGAGGGCUCCUGGGAGAGCAUCACAGGGCAUAUCACAGUUCUCUAAAGGGCACUUAGAGUCCUCCUGAGUUGAUAUUGGUUCCACAUGUGUCCUUCAGAUGUCCCUGUGAACAGUCUUUCAUAGUUUUCUUCUUUUCAGAUUUAUUUAUGUGUAUGGGUGUUCUGCCUGUAUGUAUGUAUGUAUGUAUGUGUGUGUGUGUGUAUGUAUGUAUGUAUGUAUGUAUGUAUGUGUGUAUGUAUGUAUGGGUGUGUGUAUGUAUGUAUGUAUGUAUGUAUGUAUGUAUGUAUGUAUGUGUGUAUGUGUAUACCAUACGUAUGUUUGGUACCCUGGAACUCAGAAGAGGUGCCAGGGCCUGGAACUAGAGCUACAGACAGUUGUGUGCUGUCAUGUGGCUGCUGGGAACUGAUCCACUUCCUCUGCAAGAGCAACAAGUGCUCUUUCCUUCUGAGUCAUCUUUAUAGCCCUUCUUCCACCUUUCUUAGGCAAAUACCAUGCAGGGUUUGUCAAAGCCUCCUCCAUACAGUUGGCCCAGGAAUCCCAGUCCCACAGCAGCUCCUCCUGGGUCUUCUCCCUGGCUUCUGAUUUGGAGGUCUGUAUCUCACUAGGUAUCCUGGCUCCAGCAUGGCCUCCUCCUGUGACUCAGCUCUUCCCACUUGGACCUGAAUCCUGCAUCUUUUUCCUCUUUUUAUAUCAUUAUUCCAAUUUUUCUAGCUAAGGGACACUGUUAGCUAUCACAGCUGUGUCAGUUUUUGCUUCCCUCUCUCUGUCUCUGUGUCUGUCUCUCUCUGUCUCUGCCUCUCUCUGUGUCUGCCCCCCCCCCCUUCCAGGAGAAAUCUUUAAACAAAUACAGGUCAUUUCAUGCUAAGACUUGAUAACCAGUUAGAAGUCCAGGUACAAUGAAAACAAAUGACUGAUCUCUAAAAUGAAUCGUAUUUCUAUACAAAAAUUAAUUUGUGGGCUCGGAAGAAGGCUCAGUUGGUGUAAGCAGGCAGACCUCCGUUUAAUUCCCGGAACCUACAUAAAAGUGGGCAUAGGGAUAAGGGUACAUGAUUAAAAUCCCAGUGUUAGGGAUUCAAGACAGGAGAAUCCCUGGGGCUAGCUAGCCAGCCAACCCAGUCUAAUUGGUGAUCUCCAGGCCAAUGAGAGACCCUGUGUGAAAGGAGGCGGGCUGUGUUCCUAAGGAUUAGACCUCAAGUUGUCCUCUAGCCUCCACAUACACAUGCACACAUGUAGACGUGCAUAAACAUCUUCCCAACACACAAACACACUGGCAUAAAAAUUAAUUUGAGUCUUUAGAUCUUUUUAAAAAUCAAAAGUUACAUAAAAAUAAGGUGUGACUAUCUAGUGUUAAGGCUCCCUGGUUUUCUUUGCAUGCAGCUGUGACCACCUUGUAAGUGUGGAGGGCCUCAGGGAUGCUACUGCAGCUCUGGGUUACUGUCUAAGGGUCUGGCAGAUUGGGGGCGGAGGGUACUGUGUUGUUGUCAUAGUUUAAGACAAGUCCCUAGACAUUCAGGGCAUCUUGUCAAACAAGGUAUCAUUCAAUGUGCAAUCAAUGACAUUCGUACCAGGAAGCGAGUCUGCAGUCUCUGAGUUUUCUAGCCAAGGUCAAUACUCAAUACUCCUGAGUUCCUCAUGACUACUGACUGAUAUGAAUAGUGACAGUAAUUUUAGAUGGCACUGUGAAUUAGGUUUAAUUUCCUGUGUAAAACACUCCUUACUAGUAUUUCUGAAUCAUAGCUGGGAGUGUCCUAUAGACAUUUAACAGACUUUCAAUUAGACUGGAAAAAUUAUUGUUGGUCAUGAUUUAUGUCCUUGACUUUGCUAGAAUUAUACAGUGAUAGAUUUUAUUUUUAAAUUGGGGACAAUUAAUGUAGGAAACAAGUGCCUUUUAGCACAAAAUGAAAUCAAGCACUUAGGAGUCGAUUUUCCUUGCAAAUAGAGCAAUUAGAAAAAUGCAGUGUAUUCUGGACCAUGCCCUCCAGCAAACAUUCUGAGCUGGCUCACUAUAACAGGUGACACAUUAGAAACAUGUGGCAAAUCAUAUGGUGGCCCUGUUGUGACAUCCUAAAUCAAUACCUUAGUUCUACUUCUUAGAAAAAACUUACUUACACAUAGUGUUCAUUCAAAAUCUCCUAAGAAAUCAUUCAGCAACUUGGCACACUGCAGGGUUUGCUCAGACUUGGUAAAGCACCAAACAGAGUUAAUCUCUGAAAUCUCAGAGGUUCCUGUUUUUACCAUGUGGGCACAGCAACAGUAAGGCUCUGUAGGACAGUGGCAUGUGACUUCCCACAGAGCUUGUCUGGGUGAUAGAAGUGGUCAGGUUCUUAAUGUCUUUGCACUUAGAGGAGAACCACCCAAGUAUCUAGAACCAACAGAACCCUGGACUGGGAGGUGUGUCCCGGCACAGUGUCAGGUCUUGCCUUAUCUUUGUUAGUACACAGUGACAUCUACCAUAACACCACCUUCCCAUGCCUGUCUACACCCAUCUCUGCUCAGUCUGGGUGUGCAGCUCCUCAGGUCAGAUGAGUGCUCCUUAACAUUUACUUUCAGUAAAGCAAAGACAGUAACAGGAAAGGCUCCUCUUUCUCAAAUAAACCCUUUGCAAGCAGAACUGAAAAGCAUAUGGCAAGAGUAACAGUGACACGUCUGCAGCACUUCAAAGUGAAGUGAGACGUGUCCUUUCACCGAAGCAGGGCUUUUCUAAGCAAGUGCUCACUGCACCAAGGCUCACUGCGAGGAUGCUGGCCAGGACUGCCUGAUCUUGGACAAAGCCAACAGCAGGGAAUUUAACGAUGUCAAAACUGCUUCCAGAGAUACUACUAGAAACUCUUUUUUGAGACACAUUUACCUGGGAGAAAAGGUGAUCUAUGUUGAACAGGGUUCUGAGACAAGGUUCAUAAAGGAAGAGAUAGGUUUUCUGCCUUUCCAACAGUGCAUCCUCUCUUGUAAAGCACACUCUGUCACUAACUGCACUAACUGGUCUGCUUCUGGGAAUGGAAGCCCCCAUCACUUACACUUACCUAGGGUUCUUCUCUCUGAAUGAGACAAGUGGUAUUCUACGAGGAAUGCUCCAGGACCCAGUACUUGUGACAUUAUUAUCUAGCAGUUAAGUGAAAUUACCAAUUCUCAUUUUGUACCUUGACUUAAAACUUUGGAUAUUUAUAAAGAACUUGGCAACCAUGUGAGUCUAAUUUAUGCUCACACUGAUACGUAAUGAGCUUCAAACACUCCUUUCCUGCCACAUGUUAGUUUUGUGCCUGUCUUAUAUCUGAACUGGGUUUUCGUAUCUCAUUAUUAUGUACUGAUAAGCAUUUUGAAGGUCCUAAUGGAGAAGGUUGCUGGGUUCUUGUGUGUCACUGCCAAGACCAGCUAUCCUGAGGCUAAGCCAGGAAGAUCCCUUAAACCUACAAGUUCAGGAACAGCCUAGACAGCAAUGAUCAGAUGCUGUCUCAAAAACCCAACGAAUUUCCCCUCUCCUCAAACUACAGGCAACGCCUUAGGUAAGCGGUAACAAGAGCAUAGUAGUCGCAGUCCUCAACCUUAAUGAGACAAGGGCGUCAGCACCGUCCUCUGUUUAUAGGGGAAACCACAGCUCUUGCAGGGUAAGUAACCUGUCCCAAGGUAAGUCCAUCUGAUAUUAAAGAUAGAAUAGACUUGAACAAAAGUUUGUCUGAUUAUGAAGCCUAAAAAAAUUAAUGAAAUCAUUUAAUUAGGUGAAAUAUUUACAUACACAAAGCCAUCAAAAUAUCUGUGUUUAAAUGAAUAAAAACAAAAAACUUAAUAUAAACAAAAAAUAUAAAAAAGGUUUAAGCAUGCAAAUAAUCUAUCUUCUUAUUGAAUUCACCUAUAUCGCUUUGUUUUAUGGUGAAUACUAGAUUCUCAUCUUUUGCAACAGUAGGAAGAGAGAAUUUUUAAUAUAAACUUGUUCAGCAUUUAUCACAUAGUAUAAAAAUAUUUUACUAUAUUUAUUAAUCUGAAUCAGGGAUUAGAUUAUUAUAUGGAAUUAAAAUGACCAAUAUGAUUUCUUUAAUAGUUAUUAGUUUUGAAAAGUCUGACUUCCAAAGAUGCUACAUCAAAACUAACUCGUUUCAUAUUCUGACAUAGCUACAUAAUUAUCUUCACGGCAACAGUGACAGUUCUAGUUCCAAGUGUUACCAUGGCAACUGCUCUGGGAAACUGGAACAGUGAGCAGUGACCUGAUACUACAGCAAUGCUCAUCCACAUUACAGCACCUCCUCCCUUUACAUGCAUGUAUUAACUGUAGCAAGACUUCUGCAGUUUUCUGAAAAUGCUUUCUUUUAUAUUUCUCCUUUUUUACUAAAGUCUUAGUCACCAUUUAGUUUAAUAGGAUCUUCUACCCAAAAAAUAAUCAAAUCCACUAUCAAAGGCAAGAGCAUAUUCUUAUGUGGUCAAGGAUUUUUAUUGUUCUGACUUAGAAAAAAUAGUUAUUAGAUAAGCAUAAUACAGAAAUAUCAGUGUGCUUUUUCUUACCUGAUAUUCAAUUGCACUUCAUAAUCAUAGUUAGGGUUCUUAUUUUUUAGAAACUAAAGAUAAGGAAAACAUUUAAUGCGCUGAAUCCUAUCAGCCUUGUGCUUGCUAUUUUAUCUGUCUUUUAUAUAUAUUCAUCCAUCUCAGAUGCAAAACUCUAUUAAACAUUGGCUCAGAAUAUUAAUUUUUAAAGGUUCCAAUAAAAUCUUACUUUUCAAUGAAAUAUAUAUGAAAGGCAGAAAUGCCUCUUAUCAUUUAGCAAGAAUGAUCCCUAGUUGGAAUACAAUUAUUAUUUAUAACAUGAAAUAUCCAAGGUAUAACUGGGGCAAAGUUUUCUAUUUCCCAGUUUUAUUCCUUCUCAACUGCUCUCAGAAUUAUUUCAUCUCUAAUUUAGAAAAUCAGUACCCUCCCAACUUAAAAAUUAUUAUUUAAAAACAUUUAAAUUGUACCUUUUUCUAAAUUCAUAAAAUUAGAUCCCUGGCAUAUUUCUUCACUAUUGGUAAAAACAGAUUUGGGGGGGGGGUGGAGCAUUUGAGACGCCAGAGAAAUCUGAAGGCUGAAGGGUUUAGACUGACUGGUUUUGGAAUUAAAAAUGUACUGCUUUAAAAAGAUAAAUCUAAGACAAUUUAUACACAGAUCUUAAUUCAUUUACUAAACCCAGAAAACUGGACGUUCAGGGAGAGAACAGGAUACAGCAGCCCUUACCUCCUGGGGGCGGCUUGCUUUUAGAGGUGAGGAUGACAAAACCAAACCCUUCAUUUUCUUUCCUCUGUAAGAUAACAUCAUAGGACUCCUGUGGGGCAGACCUGGUUGGAAGCUCUGUCCGAUUUAGGCGAGGAGAUCCACUCUGUGAGAAGGCUUGAGGGCUUUCAUCCUCGGGUUGUUUCUCUAUAAUAAACAACAUCAGUUUCAAUAUUUAUGGAAAAUAGUUAGUGUAGAAAAUAGUUAAGUGCUAGGUAAGUAGUUUAGUGCUGGGCUAUACAAUAAAUUUCACUUCUAAUAACAAAGAAUAGAAAUGUACUAUGUUGUCCAUCCUCCCUGAGAAUCUUGGGGCUAAUUAAAGUACAGUGUAGGCAGCCGAGGGUCUGACUCCUAAAUACUUAAAAUAUACAACAGAUAAACUACAUAUGACCCAAUGUCAUUUCACUUUUGAGAGAGCUCUUCAAAACCUCUACAAGAUCAGUUAGUUAAGAAUCAUUGAGCCCAGUGAGUUAGCUCACCUGGAGAAGGCAUUUAUCAUCAACAUGCAUACAAUAAAUAGAAAAGCAAAUAACACCAAAACCAAACAAGUUAUUUUUUAACAAGCGAAUUAUUAGAAUUGCUUUAGUUCGUUGAUGGUUAUAAAGUUUCAACAAAAGCAGAUGAUAGAAAUGACACAGUAAAUUUUAUUUUAAGUUAAUGGUGAUAUAAUUUAGCCCAGGGACUGAUGAGUACCGAUGUCUGUGGAGGUGAAAGCUCCAGAAAGCUGCCCAAGCCAUCUGCUCUCUACACACAGGAUGCCUCUUACAUAGGUGUUCAUACUGAAGCGUCUCGGGUGGUAAGGUCAGCUGAGCUCACCAUGAUAUCCCACAUGCAGCAAGUUGUUGGUGUGAAUGGCCGCCCCGGCUUCUGGGUAUAAAGUCAUAUGAAGUCCCCUACAAAGGGCAGUAAGCCUAUACCUUUUGCUGCUAUUCAAUGACAUACAAGCUCUGAUUGACUUGGAAAACAAGAGAACAGAGGAAAGGCUUGUUUCUGUGGCAACCUGGUCAGCUAUCACUAAGAAUCCUAGUGUACUACAUUUCUUAAAGACACAUUUGUAAAGUCCCUUUAGCUCUAUAUUUGCUUGAUGUUAAGAAUAUUUUAGCUCCUGAGAAAACAACUCAGUUAGUAAAGUGCCUGGGCCAUACUGGGGAGGCAGAGACAGACAGAUCCCUGGGCUUAGCCUGGUCUGUAAGAAAGUUCCAGGCCAAUGAAAUACUCUGAAAAAAAAAAAAAUCAGAGGAUGCUUUAGCAAUAACUGCCUACGGUUGUCCUCUCUGUACACAUGGCUCCCACUAGAGGCAUGAGCACAGGUACAUUUAAAAAGAGCAAGGUUUAGAAUCUAAAUAUAAUAUACCGACAUCCAGUUAUCACUGAGAAAACAAGGGUAGGGUUUCUUUUCCUACUGGAAUGAAUUAGCUAGGUCUCUAAUAAUAUCAAGUGACUAGAAACGUCAUGGCACAUCUCCUGUGAUUCUUUUCAGGUUUUUACUGACCCAGCACAACCAAGGCGAAGAGGCAGCACCGCAUGAAGAUCUACAGGAACCUCCAUGGCAGGCCUUUGUCACACUGCUGCUAUCUAGCUCAGGGUCAGACCAGAGACUUCACAAAUGAGAGCAUGAGGCUCAGCCCCCAGUGCCGGCAAUUAACACUUACUGAGAUCUACUUGUCAGGCAGUCUUCCCUAGGUGCUGGAGUGAUAGGUGACAGUAAGUAGAUCAAAAUCCAUCUCUCCAUAAGGCUUAAUUUCUUGUACUACUAAACUGUCUGUGUGUCUGUCUCUGUCUGUCGUCCCCCCCCCCCGCCCCCAUACCCCUGGCAAGAAUUCACUUAUAAAAUCCUAUUUAGCAGGACAUGGUGGCAGAGGUGGAGAGAUCUCUGUAGGGUAGCCUGAUCUACAUAGUGAGUUCCAGGCUAGCCAGGGCUACCCUGCUUUAAAAAAAGCAUCCUAUUCAGUAGUCACAAAGGUGUGGAUAAGAAACUACAAGAUCUGUUCAUAUUCUAUUGUCAUGGUUUAGACGGUGGGCUCUGCAGUUCAAAGUUUAAACCUAGACCCAUUAUUUACUGCCCAUUAACCUUUUUGUCAAUGACUGCACAUGAUAAUAAGCACACUAUAGUCUGAGAGUCCAGAGAAAAUAACCGAUGCGUUUGAUACACAAUAAGCAGCAAAUAUUAAGUUAUCUUCCACCAAAACUUGCCUUUUGAGUACACAUACAUGUGUAUUGUGUGGCACAAACGGAGACAGAGGACAACUUCGUACAUCAGGGUCUCUCAGUGGCCUGGAGCUCACCAAGCCAGCAAGCCCUGGGGAUCUUCCCUCUGCCUCCCAGCAACAGGAUUAUAAAUCCUGGCACCAUGAUGGGCUUUUUAUGGGCUAUGGAGAUAGCACAAACACGGGUCCUCCUGCGUGUAAGGGAAGCACUUAUCUGGCUAAGGUAUCUUUCCUGGCCCUAUACCAAAAUUUUCUAAAGAGAAACAUUCUACUAUUUGUAAAUAUUUGGGAUUUCAUCACGAUCAAGCUGUUUGAUAUGUUCAGGUAGAGGCUAUCUUACUAUGAUAAAAAUAACUAUUUAUUUUAAAAAUUUAAACCAAUACUCCCCUUCACAGUAAUAUAUUGGUAAAACUGUUUAAUACCAUAACUUAAGGUAGCAAACCAAAAUUUAUUUCUACUUUGGAAAUCUAUUUCUGGAUCUUUUACACUAAAAAGCUUUCUGCAAUUGGCUCUGAAUUAUCCCAAAAGUGUCAGCAUAUACACUGCUGAAAGAGCUUUACAUACCUCCAUAGAAGAUCUUCCUCCUCACAGUGAGUAACACGUGGCCAUUUCGAGCAGCAGUGGUCAUUAAGUCCAAGACUUGCUUAUGUGAUUUCCCUUUAACAGGAAUCCCAUCAAUACACAUCAAUUCAUCAGCAGCACGGAGCCUACCAUCCUUUUCCGCUGCUCCCAGGGGAAUGAUGGCCCCAAUAUAUAUCUGUAAGAUAGCAUAGUAUGGUUUGGUCUAUACAGUUCACUAAGAUCAACUGAAGACCUAAUCUAUGAAAAGACAAACUUCAGAAAGACGGUAUUUUCAGAAAGUACAAAUUCUCCAAAGUGGUCCUUCAGAUACCCACACUGUGUUAUGUAGUUCUAGAUCCCCAGGUUGAGUCCAAGGAAAAUACAAAGUUGCUUAAGAACUUACAAAGCACCCCCAACUUCUCUAUACUACAUAUAACAAAACAAACAGACAUGCUUUAAAAAAGAAAAGUGUGUGUAUGGGUUCUACACAUCAUUGUCCACACCAUCAGGGUCAUUCUUAUGAUUCUCCCAUAUAUACCAUGGUCAAUAAUGCAAGUUAGGGUCAUAUAAGCAAGAAAUAUUUCUUGUUCCUAAAAUGUCAGAGGGCACAUGGAGGUUAUGAGUCACUGUAUGGGAUAGAGCCCUGUGCCUGCUGGACCCAGUUCAUUCUGUUCUCCAGCAACUAGAACCCUGUAAUUUUAUGGUUCUUUUAGAACUACUAACCUUGAUGUUUAGAAGAGAAAGGUUGUUCACAAGUUAUUGAGGAUAAAUUCUUAAAUUGUCUAAGUGAACAUUGUUAUUAUUGACAAAAUAGAAAGCAAUAAAAAAUUCAUAUUCUAUCAAAACCAAAGUAUCUGACAUUUGCUUUGAGAACAGCAUUGGGCCUUAACCUCUAUGUCUCCAAUGAUCAAUGUCAUUGUAAGCUAUAUUAUUAAUUAUAACAUUUAUAUGCUAUAAAUAUGAUACAGCACUCUGAAAUAGAAGCCUUUCAUAUUUAAGGGACUACAUUUCUAAAAGUAACAAAGCAGGACUUCUAUAUUAUAUAUAACAAAUAUAAAUGUCCUCUACACUGUAUUAUUUCCCUGACAUUUAACACUAAGGCAAAAAGUAAAACCAAACUCACUGUGUUUGUUUUCUAAAUUAAUCCACAUAAAAUUCUGGACUUCAAAUGCUUUAUAAAUAUAACCCUUGCAUCUUCUAGAAUUUUAAUUAUUUUAUAUUUUGCUAAUGCUAGAGCUAACAAGAAAACAACAAAGUGUUAAGCGUCCUGCCAGUUCUAUGGAGUAGUCUGAAGACUAGGUAUUGUGGUAAAGCACAUACUGGAUUACAGGGUUCUGAGACAGAAUUAGUCCAAAUAAGCUUUUUCUGACUGCUAGACACAAACAGAUCUAUCACUGAGUCACAAUUCUAGUUCCAAAUAACCUUUGUUUACUUAAAAAGGACAGAAGAGAAGUAAUUGAUGUUAAGUUUAGAGCUAAAUACUCAGUUUUAAAUGUAUGGUUUGUUUGUUUAUUUUUCUGAGGCAGGGUUUCACUGCACAGCGUGGUUAUCCUGAAAUUCGCUCUAUAGACCAGACUUGCCUAAACUCAGAGAUAUGUUGAUAUAUGGUUUUAAGCUUAUGUCACACUACGUUAACUUAAGAGAUAAUGACAUAGAAAUAUGGUAUCCAUAUCAAUAAAAUUAUUUAUUAAAGGAAAAAAGAAAUCCCAGUACACUUAAGGGGAGAAGGAAAACAAAACAGAAGCUACCACUGAGAGGUCUGAUGAGUCCUCCUUCCUUAGGCCUACUUCUCUGAACACUAGGUCCCUAGUGAUGGAUGGCACUUUUCAGGAAAGGCAUGGGACCUGUGGAGUUUUACAAGAGGAAGUGUGUCACUGGGAGGGGUUUGAAGAUUUAUAGCCAUGCCCCACUUCCUGUUCGCUCUGUGCUUCCUGCAUGUAGAUGGAAAUAUGAUCUCUCAGCUUCCUGCUCCAGCCACGUGCUCCAUGCCUUUCGGACAUUACAGACACUACCUUGGAAACCGCAUGCCAAAUCCUUCUCAGCUGCCUAAAAUGUAACUAAUACAACCUAUAUUCCACAACUCUCCAUUCGAGACUACUAACUAGAUCCAUGGGCUGGGUGUGAUGGUUACACAUUUAAUUCCAGGAAGGGAGGCAGUGGCAGGAUGCUUUCUAUGACUCUGAGGACAACCUGGUCUACAGAGGGAGUGAGUUUCAGGCCAGCAAGGCCAUAUAGUGUGACACUGUUGCAAAAACCCCAAACCAAACCAAACCAAACCAAACCAAACUCCCAUCACUAUCCAGCAGUGUGCACUUACAGACUGGUCAGGUCCAUCUCCUCCCAGCACCCUGAAGCCAAACCCCGAUUCUUGUUUCCGAAGAAAGACAUCUAGGUCUUUGGUGUUGGGUGCUAAGGAAAAUAAGAAUAUGUAAAUAAAUUUAUUUUGAAAGGACUAAAAUAAAGCUCAAUAUUUGAUAGAAAAACAUUAGAGCAUUCAAAAACUAUAAUCUCAGAACAUCUGACAUGUGAAAAUGUAUAUAUGAGGGCUUAUAGAAAUUCCUGCUUCAAAAGUUAAACAAAACUGUGUCAAGACAGAUCAGGUUACUAUUCCCACUCCCAGGCUCAUGGUAUUAUACUGCCACUAACUUCUAAUAUUGUCCAAUCAAUAUUGCAACAUUAACUUCAGAAUCAGCCAACUGAAAUUGAAAAUGAUUUAAGUGAACAUUUGACCAAGGUACUUUAAAUCCUAGGAAAAGAGAGCCCAUAAAACGCCUUAUUUCUACUCAUAAGCAAACAGCUUUGUCUAAGAAAAACUAUUUACUUAACCUAAAUGUGUAGAAUGUUAGAAUUUUUAAAGAAAAAGAGAAAUAGGUAUGUACCCAUUUUCUAGGUGGGUAAACUAAAGGCCUGAAUAAAUCACUCGAUAUCUUCCAAUAACUGGUAGAACUAAGAUUUAAACCCGGCUUGACUCCCCAGAUGCCAGUCUACCCCCACAAUCUUGUCCCCAGGGAGCUGGGUGCGAGGAUAUUUAUUCAGAAAUGUCAAUUUUAUGUCUAAGAUUUUGUCUCCAGGAAAAUAUUAGCUUUAUUCAUAAAGAAGAUGAAUUUACUAAGAAGAAAAAGAAAGAGAAACUGCCAAGAAACUACAUAAAAAGUAAGUGAAAUAUGGUGUAGAGUAACUUCCUGGCAAUUCUUUAGAAGCAAUCUCUUUGGAUAAAUACUUCUACUCAUAUAAGUUACACACAUAUACACAUACAGUAAUAAUAAACUAAAUUUAAAAAAGAAAAGGAAGAGAGUCCAUGAGUCAAACUCAUUUGUCUUAUAGAGGGCCCAAAGCCCCUGCAGAGUUUAUACAAGUAUUAAGAAUAUAUCAGACAAUGAAUGGACAGCCUGAAGAGAGGGGUCUACACAUAGAUUAAAUCAUUGCUCUGUAGGCUUGUGGCUGGUGUGGUCCUCUCCUUCCUGAAUACGGCAGACAGCAUGGAGAUAAAGACGGACAACUAGUCACACGUGAAGUCAGUUACACAUGCCAUUCCCAAUGUCUACCCCCUUUACAAUGCAAAUAAAGUUCGGUUUCCCAGUAAUUUAUUUCCUUUAUUCACUUUACAUCCCAAUUGCAGCUCUCACUUCCUUCUCUAUUUCUUAAAAACAAGUAAAAUUUUAAAAACCAAGCUUAAAUAAACCUGAAACUUUCCUUCAGAAAAGAUGUAUCAUCAGUAACUAAAUUAGUGCAAAGGGAUACUUCUUAAUUGUAUCCUUUGUCCUUCUCCUCCCAGGUGACUCCUUCAAAGUCUGCUCUGGUUCACGCUCAUUACAUACCACACUGAUCAUCUCUACCCUCCAGCCAGAAACCGCUUUCUAGCCACAAAACUAGCACUCUUUCCCCCAUAGCUAAGGUAUUCUGUGGUUCUCUUUUAUCCGCCCAGUUCCAGCUUCCCUUUCCGCUGUCCAGGGUCUGUUGCGCUCUUGCUCUGGCUUUCCUGCCAACUGCAGCCACUCUGCAGGACACAGGCCAAGGAAGCCAGUGUACAGUCUCCCGGCUUUGUCUUCUUCUUUCCUCUCCCCUCUGAAUAAAGCACUGUCUGAUGCCAUACGCCUUCCAUGGUGAUAAACUGACUGCUGUCUACUCUGCAUCUUUCUGCCACUGUCCUGGCUAGGCGACGUCUGGUCCCCAUCCUCUGGCUAUGAGCCCAGCAUACUUCCGUGGCACCAUUCUGCUUGUGGUACACAUGCUUAUUCCAUCAUGUAUUGUCUGCUCCAUUUGGAUUUAAUAAACUUUUUACAAGCAGUGUGUAGCAGAUGUGCAGCUUGGUUCACGUGGGUCCUGAAUAACUGGACUGGAGGCUGUCCCAAAGCUGUUGCCUGCCUGUGGGAUAUGUUCUUCUAGCUGGGCUGUCUUGUCUGGCCUCCCUGGGAUAGGAUGUGCCUAGCCCUACGGGCACUUGUACCCAGGUGGAGGGAUGCCUAGGGGGACCUCUACCUGCUCAGAAGAGAAAGGGGGGGGUGGAUGAAAGGAAGCAUUGUGAGAGAGGAUGAGAGGGAGGAGGGCUGUGAGCGGGAUGUAAAGUGAAUAAAAAAGAUUUCUAGGUGUAGGUAAUUUAUUUUUCUCUGUAUUGCAAUUUACCUAACAUGGUAUCUGGUGGACAGCUUGUACUUAAUCCAUGGUUUUGAUAAAGGAAUGAACAUACUCAGCAAAGGCUCAGAACGACAUUGAAGUGGGAAUGAAGGGAUACUAUCUCAAUGUCCGUGUAAAGGGUGGGGGGUUCCAAUGUUAAAAUAGUGCAGAUGAUCUUGGUACACUCCCAUGACGUAUUUUACAGCUACUUACGUUUAUCUUCAUAUAAAGUCUUAGAUUUCAGGUAGACUUCAGAAGGAUCCAAUUUCGGGGAUCCUGAUCUGAUUAUGCUGGGUGGAAAAGGCAUAGGCUGGGGAGUAGGCUCAUUUAUAGUCUCCAAACUUCCUGAAGUUUCUUUUGUAUCUGUUUUCUAAAAUGGGAAUAAAAGGGCUUACUUAGUAUUUUAGAAAUAAGAUGGUUGGUUAUUUUGCAGCACCAUGGUGUAAACUGUGGUGUAACAGAAUUGUAGGCAGCAGAGUUAUAGAAGACUGAGCGUAUAUCCACAGACUCACUCACACAGCCAUGUCUAUGUGGUCACAACACACUUACCUUACAUUAUUUAAAGAGUUUAUAAUGAUUCAACUGGAGGGCUCUGGUUUUAUGUUUAGUCAGUCUCACCCUUUCCUUCACCGCCAAGACACGGAGACUGGAAGAUGACGAUAACUGAAUACAAGGUAGCUCUAAAGGAAGCAAGAGGGAACACCCACCUCCCACUUACUAACUUUAAUUCCCAGUGACAAUGUUUAAGACAGUAUUCGUCUUAAGACAUUGGGUUGGAGCGUUGUGGCUCCUGAUGCAUUGGCAAACCUCUACUGGCCAAUGCAAAUCCAUCUAGGAAGACAUCCAUUUUGGCCAGUCAGAAAAGGGAAAACAAAAUACAAAUAUAACUUUCUCAAAGCAGUCAGGCAAAGUUAUUUCUUUAUUUAUCACCAUUACCAUUGCUUCAUGGUGUGAUUUACGGUGUGAGUGUGGGUGUGUAUACGAGGUCAGAGGACUCCUUUCAGGAAGUCAGUUCCCUCCUUCCCCUGUGGGUUCCUCCAUCUAACUCAGGUUGUCAGGCUGGCAGAACACGAACCGUUAAUCAUUGAGCUAUCUCACUGGCUCCAAAGUGAGUUCUUUAAUAGCAAAUUUAAAUACAAAUUUCAAAAAAUAGCCUAAAAUGAAAAGUUUGAGAUCAGCUGUGCUCUCCUGAAUUUUCGUUGAGAGAAAGAGUCAUGGGACUAUAAAAUAACUAACACUGACUAGCAUGAAGGGACAGCAGUUUAUACAGAGUACUGAAAGGUGAAUCAUUCCCAAGCACUGAUCACAUGACCUAGACUCAGUGAGAUGGCAGCAAGGUGACAGAACCACCUCCCAUCCCCUACAUAUUCUAGGAUUCUGUCAGUGUCCCUAAGGUCACCAGAGACUGAGACUUCCAUCAUUGUCUUCAGUGUCACCAUGGCUGAACGGAACUGAUUGUAACAUACAGAACUAAAAUGGUUGCUAGAGGAAGGAAUGGAAUGUAGAAAAUGCAGUGCAGUCUUAAGUGACUGGACAGGAAGAACUAUUCACAUGAACCUAAUGACAGAGAGCCCAUAAAAAAGCAGGCUCUAAAUGGCACCCCCUCAAAGUCUGCCCUGAUCCACUCAACAGGAACUUCUGCAGACUUAGUGUGUCGGAAGGAAUUAACCCAUUUAAUACUAUGUGGUCUUUCCUUUAAAAACAUAUGAUUUUUUCAUAGAAACCAGCUUUCUAUUCCAAACAGGACAAACCAGUAACUAAACUGAGGUUUUAAGUAUAAUUGUCUUUAUAUCCAUGUAAGUACCCACAAAUAUAUGUUAUGCCUAGUAGAGUUUCUUCCACAAUAAUAGUGCUACUUAGCACAACCAUUUUUUUUUUAAAGAUUUAUUUAGUUGUUAUAUAUACAAUGUUCUCCCUGUUAUGUAUGCCAGAAGAGGGCACCAGAUCUCAUUACUGAUGGUCGUGAGCCACUACAUGGUUGCUGGGAAUUGAACUCAGGACCUCUGGAAGAGCAGUCAGUGCUCUUGACCUCUGAGCCAUCCCUUCAGCCCCCAGCACCACCAUUCUAUUUUCUCCAUACGAAUCUUUAAGUAGGCUUUUCAGUUAUUCAAAGGAAUAACAAAGAAGACACAGUUUUAGAUCCAAUACUCUUAUCACUUGAUAGAAGAAGAUUUAGCUCAGAAGGCAACAAUUAUUUUGGAAAAUUUUGUUUAGUUUCAGGAUCAUCUAAGUCUGGGCUUUAUAAUCUCCAUGAAAUUAUGAUCAACUAGUGUGUUUUCUCCCUGGGCACCAGCAAGAAGAUGUACUAAUGACUUGCCAUCUGUCCUAAUAGCCAGCUCCUUCUUCCCUGGCUCCUCUCUAACAACUAAAAGGACGUUUACGCAGGUUCUUCAACUGCCCACUUUAGGACUUGGAGAGUAGGACCACUGGUAAUCUGGGCCUCCAGUGCUCUUCCAGCAGCAAACCUUUAUCAGUCCAGCACAGCCUCCAAAGUGAGUUUCCUACCAAUGCCUGAGGUUUCUGAUCUAAGUCUAGGGCAAUAUGAUUCUCUCUGAUCCUUCACAGCCAUUUUCAUAGCAAGGGAAGAAGGCAGCUCUUUCACGGUGUGAGAAAAACAAUAGAGGACCACCAUAGUACUCACCAUUUUGGCAGUUUUAGUUGGUGAACAAGGACCUAAGAUUAAAACAAAACCAAAAUUUAACAACAGAAAAUGCUCCUAGACCAAACAUUAAUAAUAUCUAUGAUAAAACUUUAAUUCUACCUAGUAUCAACUAUGUGUCAGGCAAUAAACAUCUAUUAUCUUCAACUUCACAACACUCCUGAGGCAGAAAUGCCAGAAACAUUUAAUAGUUGAGGUUCCUUAAAUCACAAAAACAGUAAGCAGAGAGGCAGAAAACUGACAUCAACCCAUCUAAUAUCAAACUAUGGCUUCUGUAUUUGUUAGAAAACACUCGAGCACUCAUAAAGAUAUUUCCUUUAAAGAUAUGUUUAUUUGGUGUGUGUGUGUGUGUAUGUGUGUGUGUGUGAGUGUGUGUAAGUAUGUGUGAGUGUGUGUAUGUGAGUGUGUGUGUGUAUGUGGUCUGUGUGAGUGUGUAUAUGUGUGAGUGUGUGUGAGUAUGUGUGUGUGUGUGUGUGUGUGUGUGUGUGUGUGUGUGUGUGUAAUGUAUACUCUAGCUUACCGUCUGCUUAAGCUACUUCAUACCUGGUUCCUCUGAAAUAAACUAAAAGGGUGUUUACAAAGGGUUUUCAAUUAUCCACGUUACGACAUGGAAGAUAGGACGGUUAAUAAUGUGCACACAUGGAGGCCAGACGAGGUUACUGGAUGUCUUCCUCUACCACAGUCCAGAGGCAGGUUCUCCAUCUGAACCAGAGGCUCACAUUUUCUCAGGAAGGCUAGAAGUCAGUAAGCCCCACAAGCCUUCCUUCUCCACUCCCUUCUGAGCUAGGGUUACAGGCAUGGAUUGCCUGGCUUGCCCACAUCUGAAUUCCACUGAACCACCCUGUCAGCCCUAUCACAAAGAUGUUUUUUUAAUUGGCUUCAGCUAUAUCACUUACAGAAACAUCAAAAGGAGUCAAAAACAUGAGAAUAAUGAAAACCUCCCCCAAGACAUAAAGUAAUGUUGUACCUCAAAUAUAAAAUCUAAGAAUCGGGGUGAUAAGGGAGAAAGCCUAAAUACUAGUCAUUCAAUGGCAUGGACUUAAGAAAGCCUGUUGAAAUACAACUUUGUAGUCAGUCCUUAGAAUUAGAUUCAUAAUGUCUAGCAAGAGUUCAUGCCAGUUGAUAACCUUGAAAAAUGAAAAUUUUCAUAUUUUUCACAUAAGCAUUGUGAGAUUUAAUUAAUAUAGGCAGAUCAUACAACUUAAGAUACGAAUCAGGUUAACACCUCCCCGAUGCUUUUUACUCAUACACGAAAAUGUUAGCAUUUCAAACCUCUAGUGUAGUACAGCGUUCCCAACGAAACACCGCAGACUAAAGUCAAUUUCUAUUAUUGUUAUCAACAGAGAGAAUGAAAUUAAGAGGAUGUAUUUUAUUUGAUAUAGCAUAGUACCAUGACUUUCUCUAAUCAGUAAAAUUAUAGAUUAAAUUUUAAAAAGACUACCAUGGGGAAGAAUUAUAUUCAUAAUGGACAUGAAUGAAACCACCAAUAAUCAACACAGAGCUUAAAAAUAUACUGCUGCUGAAACAUGUAGACGGAGCCUUAAGGAGAAUGCACUCUAACUGCCAGGGAAAUCUGCCUGGCAUCUGAGGGAGGUGAUGCUUGGAAUGAGAGUUACCCUUGGGUGUUACUCACCUCCUCUUAAGAUAAGCAACGGGACAUCUGCACCUACUGGGAACUGUUUCAGUACUUCUACGACUUGGAGAUGUGUUAAAUUCUGCACAUUCUGAUGGUAAAUUUCUUUGAUGAUAUCCCCUUUUUGAAGGCCUUGACACCACUGGCUAUCCAGUAUCAUUUUCACCUUCUGCCCAGUUGGGCUAUCGGCAAUUGCAAACCCGAAGCCUUUGGGACCCUUAACCAGCGGGAUAGUCACUAGUUCAGGCUGGGAGCUGCCUGAUGAAGCCAGGGAUGCUCUUUGCUCAUUUGAAUCUGAUGGGCCAUUGAGAUGAUCACUGGACAAAAGUUUUCCUGAUUUUCCAUUCUGAUCCAAAACCAUUGCUCCCAGUUUAAAAUCCUGAGUACUCAUGCACGCCUCUCCCUUUGCUAAUGAUUGUCCAUUGAUAACAGGGGUAGCAGCAACAAUGUCCACAACAGGGUCUUCACUGUCGUCAGGAAGUGCAUAACCACGGCAUAAAGUAAGGUUGACAUACUGGUUGACAGGUACCAAUUGAAACAUCUGGACAACAUCUGCAUGGGUGUGACCAAGGACACAGUUGCCAUUGAUGUCUACAAUAACAUCACCUGAUAAAAUAUAAUCAUGUUAAAAUAUUAAAACCACCAAAUGAGUUAAUCUUUUUGUUGAGGGAAAGGGAAAAAACAAACUCUGAAACUACAUUUGAAUUCUGAAAUGCUCCAAUUGUUCCUAAGUGUUGAAAAGAGAUUUGCAAUACAUAUAUUUGCUAGUUGUGACUGUGCUCAAAAAAGAAUACAUACAAAUACCUGCAUCUCAAGAUUUAUUUUUAGGGACUGGAGAGAUAGUUCAGUGGUUAAGAGCACUAGCUGGACCCAGAGUCCUGAGUUCAAUUUCCAGUACCCACAUGGUGACUCACGACCAACUAUAAAAUGAUUUGAUGCCCUCUUCUGGUGUGCAGGUGUACAUGUACAUGCAAAAAGCACUCAAAAAUGAACUUUGAAGAGAUGAGAUCUGGUGUGUUCAGGGUGGUCAUCCCAUCUACAGACACCAAAUCCUGAAACUAUUGCUGAUGCUAAGAAGCGCUUGCUGACAGGAGCCUGAUAAGGCUGCUCCCUGAGCGGAUCUACCAGCACUUGACCAAUACAGAUACAGAUACUCACAGCCAAUCAUUGGACUGAGCCCAGGGACCCCAAUGGAAGAGCUAGGGGAAGGACUGAAGGAGCUGAAGGGGAUUGCAACCCCAUAGGGAGAACAAUAUCAACUAACCGGACCACCCAGAGCUCCUAGAGACCAAACCACCAACCCAAGAGUUCGCAUGGAGGGAUCAACCAAAGGCAUACAUAUGAAUAUACAGAGGACCGCUUUAUGUGGCAUCAGAGGGAGGUGAGGCCCUUGUUCUGUGGAGGCUCGAUGUCCAGUAAGGGAGAUGCUAGAGGGCCAAGGCGGGAACCGGUGAAUGGGUGAAUGGGGGGAGGAGUACCCUCAGAGAGGCAAAGGGGAGGAAGGAAAGGAAGAUGGGAUGGGUGUUUUGUGGAGGGGUAACUGGGAAGGGGGAUAUCAUUUGAAAUGUAAAUGAAUAAAAUGAUUAAUAAAAACUAAGACAGUGUCCUCAUAUAUAUAAAAUAAAUACAUUUUAAAACAGAUUGUUUUUAAUAUUCUCAUUUACUUGUUCUAGUGUGUGUGUGUGUGUGUGUGUGUGUGUGUGUGUGUGUGUGUAUGCCAACGUUUAUGUCACAUGUGUGCAAUACAGACAGGACAGACAAGGUGCUGGGUUCCCUAAAGCUGGAGUUACAGAGAGUUGUCAGCUACUGGGAAGUGAGCAACUUGGGCUCACUGAAAGACCAGCAAGUGCUUUUCACCACUGAGACAUCUCCUAAAUGUCAGAUUAUUAAUUAUCUUAACAACAAAGUGUUAUAAUCUCAAAUUUUGAGUCUAUCAUUUAAAAACCCUCCAAGUUUUAUUGUAAUUGUUAGUGUACUUUCCAAGUCAUUACUAAGUGGCUAUUCAAAACUUGGGAAAGUGUGGGUAUUUAGCACACACGAGAAAAUAACUCUACUGGCUCCUAGUGUAAACACGUUACUCUUAGAUUUAUUCUAAUUUCUUUUUAAAGAGGAAGAUUAGAAUGACAUUGACCCGUCACCUACUUUACUUUAGGAUCUUUCUGUAGAUUUCUUUCUUUUUAAGUUUGAUUUCAAAUGGCAAAAGCAGCAACAACAACAAAAUCAAGACAAGCAAUGACUAUAUUUUUUAAGAUACUGAAAGGUGAGAAUAAUUCUUAUAAGAUUUAAUUUUGUCUUCCUCUUUUAUAAUAUUAUGCUCAUUUUAUAGAAUUAUUCCACAGAAUUUCAACAGUUGGAAAAAUUUUAAAGCAGCACCUUGACUUUUGAAAUUAGGUACCCAACAACAAAAUUAAAGAAAAUUUCAUUAUCUCAUCUAUUUGCUUUUGUUUUAUAUAGUUAUUUAAAAGGUUAGUGACAAACAAAGGUGCUUUAAUUUGUUCUUACUGCACUGAGACUUCCAAGAAGCAGGGCACACGGUGUUGAAAUACCUUACAUAGUUCGGGCUGGAGAGAUGGCUCAGUCCUCAAUAGCGUUGGCUGCUCUUCCAGAGGACCUAGGCUGAAUUCCCAGCACCCACAUGGCAGCUCACAGCCAUCUCUACCUCUACUCUCAGGGGACCUAUUGCCCUCAUCUGGGUUCCUUGGAUCUCAAGCACAUAGAGCACAUACAGAUAUUCAGGCAAAAUAUCCAUAUCCAUACAGAAAGUGUUUUAAAGUACUCUAUAGUAAAUAAUCAAUCUUCUCAGAUACAACCAAAUAUUACCUAAAGAUACAACCAAAGUAUUAUCUAAAAAUUAUAUAAAACCAAAUGUUAAUAGAAAUGUGUUUUCUCUAAUAGUUUCUUAUUAUAAAAACAGUCAGCUUCAAACUAGUAAUGUAUUUAAUUUGGGGAUAAACUAUUCUAAUACAGGAACCUGAAGAUUCAAUGAUAUAGUUUAUUCUCUGUGACACACGCACACACUAAUUUUUUAGUGAUCACUACUCUUUAGUAAUUCUGACAACCUUCUUACCUGGUGCCAUUUUCCCAUCCUGAGCAGCGGGACCGUCUUUGAGCACAUUUUUUACUUGUAGAAAUUCAUCAGGCCGAUCUCCACCUAUAAUGGUGAAACCAAAGCCCAUUGUGCUUUUUUUCAGUGAUGCUCGAACAAGGACACCUUUAAGUUGGGAUGGGUCCCGGGUAAAGUGUGCUCUUUCCACAUCUGGGUCAAAAUAAGAAUCAGAUUUAAAAAUAAAAAUUACACCGAAUAAACUGUAUACAGCUAAUCUUCAAUAUGUUUGUAUAACUUAAGUAAAAAUAAUAAUAAUAAAAACCCUAAAGGAAAGGGAAUCUCAGUAACUCUGAAGAUGCGCAACAGUUAGCAUUUGAGUUAAUACACUAAAUCCUUGGGGGGCAGGGUGGGAAGUACUCAUUAAUAACAUCUUUGUAAGAUUUCCUGUCACCCAGGAAAUCUCUGCUUCACUCUGUCUCUGUGCUUUCCCUCACCAGACUGCACUACAGCUGCCUGCCUGCCUGCCUGCCUGCCUGCCUCCCUCCCUCCCUCCUUCAGCUUUGCCUUUUGUCUUUUCAGUUAUUUACAGUCAGAUGAAUUCUGAAAAUAAUAAACGGAAAUAAACUCAAGUUUACAUUGUAUCCUGCUCUGAGGGGUGUAGUGAAAUCUUGUGCUACCUUGGCUCAUUUUGUCUGGCACACGAAGCGUCCUUGCAUCUGGGUAUCUCUGCUGUAUUUACUACCAUUUGGCAGCUGCUUAUCAGCCAUUUGGUUUUGCUGAUAACUUGUGGCAUCACAGUACCUAUCCAAGUAAUCCUUGUUUUACUUAAAGAGAGCACCAGGGCACAAGAGUAGUAUGAUUCAGACAUAGCAAACAGAAACUGUAAAGAGUUUCCACUGGGUGAAAAGGUCAGAGGUUAGAGAGUGAUGGAUCGGUGCUUACGGGCACCAGGUGCUCUUGCAGAGGACCUGGGCUUACUUGCCAGCACCCACAUGGUGGCUCACAAUGAUGGCACUGCACAUAUGUGCUGCACAGAUAUACAUGCACAUAAAAUUAAAAAACUGUCUUUUUAAAAGGUUGAACUUAUCAGAGGUAUGUAUACACAGGAAACACAGUUUAUGUGAGGGUUAAUGCUCUAUAUAACUUUAGGCAUCUACUGGUAGUCUUAGAAUGUACUCUCAUCAGAUAAAAGGUGACUCCAUAUUCACUUAUGCUCAAUGAUGAAAGUUAUCAUUUAUUGAUCAUCACCGCGUAGCAAUUCCUUACACUAUAGGCACUUUAUAUGUGCUCUACACACAUUAACAUAAACGUACCCUCCUCCUGGAUACCUUCAACGUCUUGAGAUACCUUCGAGGGGAUGUACCUCCAGAGGAGGGUAUUGUUCUUAUUCACAGAUGGGAAAACAGAGGCAUAAAGAUUCUAGGGAACCUAACCAUGGUUCCAUAGUGAGAUUCACAUCUGUUCUUUAGCCAGCACACUUAACCACUAUUCUAAAUGACACUUCUCAUUACAUAUUAUGAUCAUUAUCUAUCAGACUAUGACUUCCUGGGGAUAAGAACUGACUUAAUCUCAAAUAAUUUUGAAUAUAUAGUGACUAGUGAAGCAUGGGACGUAUGAGAAGUGCUCAAAAUUAUCUAUUAAACUGAACAUGUCUGCUAGACUACAUGGAAAGCUUAAGGUAGGCACCUAUGUAUGGAAGAGAAUCUAGAAGAAAGAACUGUAUUUCUCACAGACAAAAGUGGGUCAUACUGUAUUCUACAGCAUAAGUAGAGAUGUUUGGGAUAAUGACACAUAAAAGAAAGGAAGGAAGGAGACAAGGGAGCAUAACACCAAUAAACCAGGGCAACAGUCUGGCGGAUUUACUUAGCACUGACUACUAUUGGUUGGUGGAGAAUCUUGAAGAUUAACGCUAUGUAUUUGAUGUAAGAAGUUAGCUCAGAAGCUAUAAUGACCUAUAGAGCUAAUGCUGAGCCUGCUCUAAACACAAAGAAACAACUUACUCUUUAAAAUCAAACCUCAAAUUCAUACAAUUUCAUAUUUGUUAUUUAGUCAUGACAACCAUCUUAGUAUUCUCACAAUAUUCAGAUUAUUUUGUAAAAAAGAUUAUAUCUUUUACAGAGGCAAAGCAUUCUUUGUUGAACUUCAAAGAUUCAGCAAUAAAAGGUUCAAAUUCAUUUUCAUUAACUCAACAUAAAUAUUUCGCUUUUUCUUAAAAUGAACAAAUAAGUUCUACCUGUUUUUGCGGAAUGAGUUUCAGCCUGUCCUAUCUGCUUUUUCCUUUUCGCUUCCUCCACUGGAUUUUCAAACUGAGUUUUCUGGUUGAGGUGACUGUAAAAUAUAGAGAAAUGUGCAGUUCAGGUUUAGAUCAAAGAGUUCUAUUUAUUUUCCUAAGUAAAACAUGGUGCUACUCUAUCAUAAAGGCUAAGGAGUAUGUUUCUUUAGAAUUGGAUCACAGAAAGGCUGGGAGAGAGCAGGAAGGCCAGAGGAUGACUAGAGGUCAAAGGUGCUGAAGCUUAUGUUAGCACUUCUCCACAAACCCACCACUGCAACAACAGUUUACAGAACUACCUGAGAAUACCAGCGUGGAAAGUCUCUAGGGCAUUACCUCAGUACAUGACUUCAUUACCUCUGCAUAGAUUGGCCCACAGUAAAUUCAGCACCACUGAAGAAAAUGACUUUUUUUCUCAUAUUACAGAACAACUCUGGUUUUACACUUUCAUUUCUUCACAAUUACAUAACAAAUUAGUUAAGUAAAUGUAACAAAUUUAGUGGGCCUUUGUGACUGAGUCCAUUCACAACUGUCUCUUCGAAAGCUUAGAACUCUGGAGAAAAGCAGAAAAAUAAAGAGAGCCUUGGGGCACGAAUUACCCAAUAGCCCUCAGUAAUCUACAGUUCAUGUGUUACACGUGUUACGGUCUACAUGUUAGCACUGAUAUUAUGGCUAGCCACUUAAAUGAUAGUAACUUAAAACUGUGCUGUGUCAAAAGAACAAAAACUAAAAGUGAUGUUUUAAACCAUGAUGCGGCUACAGGAUCAUAUUCUACCAUGGAACAGGGCAAAGAUAUUUUAGCCAAAUGAUAUUUUCCACUAAAACCUGCUUUAACAAGAAAUGAAAUUACCGAACACCAACAAUUAAACAUCAAACCAUGAGAAUUUCAGGAUAUGAUUAUAUAGAUCAAUUAUUAUACAAUUUAUAUCUAUAUAAACAAGGGCACAAAUAAUGUUUCCUUUGCUUCAUGUGCUAUUAUGACAAAAAAUAAGGAAAGGAGAAACACAGUAAGUCAAGCAGCUAUUAUAGCAGAGGGUGUUACUGUUCUCUGUCCUUGGACGUUAUAUGUCUAGUGUGCAUCAUGUGUGCUGGUGGAGGGCAGAAGUGAGCACUGCAUCUUGUGGAGCUUGAGUUACAGGGAGCUGUGACCCGCUAGAGCCGUCUGGAAGAGCAGUUCAUGCUCUCAACUCAUGAACCAUUCCUCUAGCCCCACUCUAGUACAUCUUAACUUUCAACAUAUGAAAAUCUUAGGGGCUGGGGAUUUAGCUCAGUGGUAGAGCGCUUACCUAGGAAGCGCAAGGCCCUGGGUUCGGUCCCCAGCUCCGAAAAAAAAAGAACCAAAAAAAAAAAAAAAAAAAAAAAAAAAGAAAAGAAAAAAAAAGAAAA